UUUAUGGUUUUUCUUUCAAAUUACCUAACCAACCGAUAUCCAAACCUCGUAUUAAUAAUAGAAGCGAAAGAUCAGCAGAGACACCUGCCUCCCCUGUGCUGUUGUCCAUCGUGGGCUAUGGGAGAAGUUCUGUUAUUUAGGUGUAAGCUGGGUGUUUUGCAGUACACUGUUGUCAGACCGUUUACUACUAUUAUUGCUUUAAUUUGUGAACUCGUAGGCGUGUAUGAUGAAGGAAACUUCAGCUUCGACAAUGCUUGGACUUACCUGGUUAUACUUAACAACAUGUCACAGCUAUUUGCUAUGUAUUGUCUAGUGCUGUUUUAUAAAGUACUGCGUGAAGAACUGAACCCUAUCCAACCUGUUGGCAAGUUCCUUUGUGUGAAGAUGGUAGUUUUUGUUUCCUUCUGGCAAGCUGUGCUUAUUGCAUUGCUGGAUGUUAUUUCUGAGAAACACACUUGGGAAUGACAGAGCGUGGAAGCUGUGGCUACAGGCCUACAGGAUUUCAUCAUUUGCGUUGAAAUGUUCCUAGCUGCUAUUGCACAUCACUACAGUUUUUCCUAUAAACCUUAUGUUCAAGAAGCGGAAGAAGGGUCCUGCUUCGACUCCUUUCUUGCAAUGUGGGAUAUUUCUGAUAUAAGGGCAGAUAUAUCAGAACAAGUUCGAAAUGUUGGAAGGACGGUUCUGGGCCAGCCAAGAAAAAUGUUUUUUGCCGAGGAUCAUGAACAAAAUGAGCAUACAAGUUUACUAUCCUCCUCUACUCAAGACCCAAUUUCUGAUGCUUCUUCAAUGCCAUCAUCACCUAUGGGACAUU